CCUCCAUCUUUCUCUCCUCUACCUUUCUUUAACUCUCACUACUCGUCUAUCCUCAACGCCACCAACUCCUCGCAUUUUACCACAUUUUGCAUUCUAUCCCACGCUCUACAACAUGUCACUUCUACGUACAACCGCUAGUCGCUCCUUCGCCCUUGUGCGGAUGGACAGUGCUGCCCCCACUGCAGCACUCCUCUCUCAUUGGACCCGCUCUUUCUCAAACUCCACCCAAGGUAAGGUGUUCAGCCACGGUCUGGAAGAAUCUUUCCGAACACGGUUUGUCCGACCGGGGGUUUCUUUUCUGAGGUGGUGACAUCAUGGUCUUACAUGCCAUUCACCACUGCAUUUUUUUUUUCUCACGAACCUCAUCCAUGCAUUUAUGCAAGUCAACAACAAGAAGGACGUGAUCAAGAGCGCGCCCGGAUGGAGCCCCGAGAAGGCCACGGAGAGUGAGGCUGAUGUCAAGGCCGAUCGCGAACCUAGCCCCUCGAACAUCAGGGAGCUCCAGGAGGAAACGAUUGAGAUCAUCGUUGAAAAAGAGGACUCCAACGGAAACAUCUUUGAAAAGACGACUCAGAAGUUGAAGCACACGAUCGAGGAGGUCGAGGAUUCUGGUGGGAGAGCGGAGGAGAAUAUGGUAAAGAACGGAGAGAAGGUGAUCGAAAAGAUGGCCCAUCGUGCAGAGGAGGUCGGUGCGGCACUGGGCAAGACCACGGGUACGGUCAAGAACAGAGUCGAAUAUGCGGAGGACUCUGUCAAACACGAGGUCAAGACUGGAGCGCAAAAGGUUUCGGAAUUUGUGAAGGAGUCAAUUGAUUCGGUCAAGAAGACCGUGGGACUCGGAGGAAAUGGAUCUACGACCGAAAAGAUCAAGCAAAAGGUCAAGAAGGCUGACGAUAGGGUCGACAGCGAUCGUGGGGCUUAAGGCGAAUAAGGAGAGGGAUAGCAUGGGAAGGGUCAGAACUCGACAAUUUAAGAGACCUUGGUCGUCUCCCCCUGUCCCGCGACCCCUGUGCACCAUACAUCAAGGACUAUUAGCUUUGCGCAGCAAACAACAGCAACACUCGUCAUUCGUUUUGUAAAUAUAUUCAAAUGGGGUUGCUCUUCACGAUUAAAAAAAAAAAGAAAAAAAAAUGGGGUAUCCAAUAGUGAAUUAUAUGAAUGAUAGUUAUAAUACGACUCAAAC